CCGAGGGUCUAUUCUUGUUGAAUUGGAGCUUUUGUGUCUCUGUGGAUUUCUUGUUAGGGUGGAGUGGGUUUUACAUGCUCAAGAGAGUUUGUAAGUGAUCAUUAUGAUUGUAAUAGGAUAUUUCUGGACAUUGGUCCUGAGAUUGGGUCGUGUUUUGAAUCUUAUAUGCAUUGAAUCUGGUUCAGGUAGUUUGUACACGAGGUGUUUGUCAAAUUGCCUCAACCAGUUUGAACCUGAAAGCUUCAUCCUAUGCCAACUCGAUUGCUUUGGAGCAGCUUGAAACAUUUUCUUUAUUCCACCUAUAUAUAUAUAUAUGAUCAUUAUUAGUACCAUUGAUAAGUCUCUUAAUUUAUUUUUUUUGGUCGAGCAGGGAAUUAGCUAUGCAAAACUAGCAAAUUUGCCACCUUUACUUGGCCUUUAUUCAAGCUUUUUGCCACCAUUAUUAUACUCUGUUCUUGGGAGUUCUAGGCAUCUAGGAAUCGGUCCAAUAGCGAUAGGAUCUCUGGUAAUGGGCACCAUGUUGGGGGAAACCAUUUCCUCUACAGAUGAACAGCAUCUCUAUGUCAAAGUUGCUUUCACUACUACCUUCUUUGCUGGUUUAUUUCAGACUUCAUUGGGUUUUUUCAGGUUAGGAUUCAUCAUAUAUUUUCUAUCAAAGGCGACUCUGAUAGGGUUCAUGUCUGGAGCUGCAAUCCUUGUGUCUCUACAACAGCUCAAAGGUUUGUUUGGGAUCAUUCAUUUCACUGGCAAAAUGCAAAUCAUCCCUGUGUUGGACUCUGUUUUCAGUAAUCGAAAAGAGUGGUCAUGGAAGACAAUGGUAAUGGGCUUCUGUUUCCUAGUAAUUCUACUCGCAGCUAGGCAAAUUAGCUUGAAGAAGCCAAAGCUUUUUUGGAUUUCAGUAGUUGCUCCAUUAACUUCUGUUAUUCUGUCAACCAUUCUAGUCUACGUUUUUAGAUCAAAAUUUCAUGAUAUUUCACAAAUUGGUCGACUGCAAAAGGGCGUCAACCCAUCUUCGGCAAACAUGCUGUUUUUCAAUGGCCCCCAGCUAUCCCUUGCCAUCAAAACUGGCAUUGUAACUGGAAUCCUGUCUCUCACAGAGGGUAUUGCAGUAGGACGAACAUUUGCUUCGAUGGAAAACUAUCAAAUUGAUGGAAACAAAGAAAUGACAGCCGUCGGUAUUAUGAACAUGGCUGGUUCUUGCGCUUCAUGUUAUGUUUCUUCCGGGUCAUUCUCCAGAUCUGCUGUAAACUAUAAUGCUGGAGCAAAGACAGCCAUUUCAAAUAUAGUUAUGGCAGCAACAGUGCUUAUAACUCUGUUGUUUCUAAUGCCAUUGUUCACCUAUACGCCUAACCUAAUCUUGUCAGCAAUUAUAGUAACAGCUGUUAUUGGGUUGAUCGACUAUGAGGCAGCAUUUAAAUUGUGGAAGCUUGACAAGAUUGAUUUCCUGGCUUGUUCAUGCUCUUUUUUCGGUGUCCUAUUUAUCUCAGUACAGAUAGGUUUGGCCAUAGCGGUUGGAGUUUCAGUGUUCAAGAUAAUUCUACAUGUUACAAGACCCAACACAUUGGUUUUAGGGAAUAUUCCAGGAACCCAGAUAUACCGAAGUGUGAAUCGUUAUGAAAAUGCGUCGAGGGUUCCAUCGUUCCCCAUCCUAGGCAUUGAGUCACCAAUCUUUUUUGCAAAUUCAAGUUAUCUACAAGAACGGAUAUUGAGAUGGAUCCGCGAGGAGGAAACAAAGAUUGAAAAGAGCAGAGAAGAAACCCUGAAAUGUGUAGUUUUGGAUAUGACAGCAGUGACAGCCAUAGAUACUAGCGGCAUUGAUGCUAUAUCUGAACUUCAAAGGAGAUUGAGCAGAAGAUCACUUAAGCUCGUUUUGGUAAAUCCGGUUGGAACUGUGACGGAGAAACUCCACCACUCAAAAAUCCUUGAUUUAUUUCAAUCAAACGGGCUUUAUUUGACAGUUGGAGAAGCCGUUGGUGACAUAUCAUCUUUAUUGGAAACAUCAGUCUCGAAUGGAUAAGAUAGAUCGCUAUCAGCAUCACCUUGCAAUGCAACACUGAUGGCUGGAGGAGGCAUUGGGGGAAAAAAAAAGCUUGUUGAUUUUCCUGCUGUAAAGUUUGUUCUUUUUUCUCUGUUCAUAGUUCUCCAUUUUGUUGUAUCACAAGGGCCUUGCUUUGAGGUAUGAGGAGGGCCCUUCAUUGUUUGUAUUAUACUUGUAAAUCACUCUUUACUGACAGUUUUUGUAUUAUCCUGUCCUCAAUGAAGAAUGAAGUUCAAUCAUUUGAAUCAGUAA